GCGCUCCGAUUCGCUGGCAAACAUCACACUUUCUGGGAAAAAGGACAAAAUUCUCAGAGGACUCUCUCUUCUUGAUUUGUCAGGAGAUAUGAAAAGUUUGCACACUGGGACCUGCUGCUCGUACCAGCAUACCCCUGCUCCACCAUGACCCCCAGCAGAGAAUUCUGGGAUUGACGUUAGCAUCACUCCCACUGAUGGCCUGCACCAGGUUUCAGCUAACUUGCUGAAGCUAUGGGGAGCUGUUGGAGCUGUCUAUACAGGGACGCCAUUCAAGACAACCACCCCACCAAAUUUAAGGUGACAAAUGUGGACGAUGAAGGGAACGAGCUGGGAUCGGGGACUAUGGAGCUCACACAAACUGAGCUCAUUCUGCACACACGAAAGCGUGAUGCCAUCCGGUGGCCAUACCUCUGCCUGCGCCGUUAUGGAUAUGAUUCCAACCUGUUCUCCUUUGAGAGUGGGAGGCGCUGUCAGACAGGACAGGGGAUCUUUGCAUUUAAGUGCUCUCGGGCAGAGGAGAUCUUUAACCUGCUGCAGGAGCUGAUGCAGUGCAACAGCAUUAAUGUGGUGGAGGAGCCCAUGAUCAUGACCCGACCUGGCCACGCACAAGAGAUGGAGAUGCCUCGAACCCCUCAAACACCCAACACUCCUGGGUUCCCAGUGCAGACGUUUCCUAAUGGAUACCCGGGGUACCCUAUAAGUGCAGACUCAUCACAGCCCUCCCUUACCGAUGACCACAGACACAGCCUCAUGGGGAUGGAUGACCAGACACAUACGUAUGUGAAUACGGUUAGUAUGGAGAGUGAACUUUCAAGCCGCCACUGUGUCCGAUCCCUGCCCGAGGUUCGGCCCCCUGCCUUCACCGAGGCGUCCACCAAACCCAGCCAGCCCAGCAUGCACUGCUGCGGUAUGGAUGACUCCCACAAGGACCCUCAGCUCUUUCUCCAGCCAGGGGCUCAGGAAGUGAAGUUCAUGCUGGGGCCAACACCGGCACAGCGCCAUCUUUUGGAGCGAGACCGGCACUCUUCUCACCCUCUCCGAGCACCCGAUGGCAGCUCUGAAACAGAGGGAGAAGAGGCCCCGCCCCUUCACAUGUGCAACACACAUGCCUAUCACCAUUACCACCAUCAUCUGCACCGGCACCCCAGCAUGGAGCCUUGCCCAGGAAGCCAGCUAACAUAUGAGAACAUUAAUGGUCUUCGAGGGCCACGCAGGCAAAGGCUAAGCCCCAGCAGUGCCUCCCAGUCACAGUCUGUGGGCUCGAGCAGCAGCAGCAGCACAGCUGGAGAAACACACCCACAUGCACACCCACACUCUCUGCCACUCUCACACACACACGCCUCCUCAUUGCCUCCACAGGGCUACAGUGGGGGUCAUCGCCGCUCUGCGCUGCUCAACUACGAGAACCUUCCGUCACUGCCACCAGUGUGGGAGUACCGUGCUCUUCAGCGGGAUGAAGAAGAGGAGCAGGAUGAAGAUGAGGAAGAUGAUGAGUAUGAGGAGGAAGAGGAGGAGGACUUUGAUGAGUAUGAAUACUCAGAGGAGCCAGGAACCCCGAAUGGAUAUCAUCAGGACAGUGGUGGCAGUAGUGGGAUUCAUCGCGAUGCUCUGCAGAACUACGUCAACACAGAACAGAUUCAGCCUCCCACCCAUCUGCAUCACACAUGCCCUCCUCAUCCUCAGCCCUCUGAGAGGGGUGGCCGAGUUUUCAGUUUUGAUUUCCGCCGCCAUCGGGCGGGGCGUGGGACAGUUGGCAGUGUAACCUGUGAGCAGCAUGGUCGCCACCUGCCCCCUCCACCCUCUCGCCAGCUCAACUACAUCCAGGUGGACUUGGAAGCUGGAGCCUCGAGUUGCCCAGGACACGGAGGGGGCGGAGCUCAAGUGCCACAGAGACCGCCUCCAAUGAAGCGUGGCAUGGCUACUGCCCCAGUAAUGCCUCCUUCCCGCCGUGGUGAGUGUUAUGCUGUGAUCGACCUGCAGAAAACUGCAGCCAUGUCCAAUCUGCAGAAAGCCCUGCCUCGUGAUGAUGGCACAUCCCGAAAGACCCGCCACAACAGCACCGACCUGCCUCUGUGAGACAAAAUGAGUGAAAAAGAGUGAGGGGGGGAAAAAAAGAAUGUCAUGGGUAAGAGUAGAAAACAAAGGAGCUCUGUGGUGUUACUGUCCUCUCACCGUUUAGUUGGAGUUUCCAUCCUCACACUCAUAUUCUUAACACAUUUGCACUUAUGCCAGCUACUUCUUGUGGAUACAAUAAGGCGAAACUGAAUAUACCAGCUGUAUGUUAUAUAAAUUCAUGCAAUUUUUAAAGGUGGUCCGUAACUGAUUUUGGUGCCCAGUAACCAUCAAAUUGUAAUCAAGCCCCUCCUUCUAAACUGAGCCUCAGAGUUUAAACACAAAAGUUGUUUAAAAGAAUCUAAAAUGAAAUAUCACAUUCCAGAUCAGAUCUGAAGUUGCUCUGUAAACAGCUGUAUUUUCAGCUUACGUAAGAGAGGGCUACAUGUUUAAAGCUUGUUUAUUCACAGCAGUUUUUACUCAUCCAUCUGGUCAAUCAUUAAAUUUUAUAGUAUGCUACGUCUGAGAACAUACAACUCAUUUUUUAAAAUUAACCAUUCAGUACAUUUAAUUUAACAUAAAAUACAGUUUAGAAAGUUCUUUGUGUCUGAAAGUACAGAUUAGGAAAGAGUAAACAACAUUACAGUCUGACUGCUGUUCCCACACCCCCAAAUUAAUCACUUCUCUGUGAUUCACAUUCAAGUGUUAAUGAAGUGCAAAUCCACGAGUAUGUACAACAUAUUUAUGUAAAUCUAUGUUUUGGAAAAACUGUGCAAAGCAUCAUAGCCAUGUAUAUGCAGAAGGAAGGACUUUCAUUAUUUUUUUAUUAAAAAAAAAAGAAGUCA